AUGGCAAUUCCUGAGGAGCCGAUUCUAACCCCUAACCCACGACGUUUUGUCAUUAUGCCGAUUCGGUAUCAUGAUAUUUGGCAGUUCUACAAGAAAGCAGUUGCUUCCUUCUGGACUGUUGAAGAAGUCGACCUGGCAAAAGAUCUGAGCGAUUGGGAGUCCCUCAAGGAUGGGGAAAAACACUUCAUUUCCUACGUCCUCGCCUUCUUCGCCGCUAGUGAUGGCAUCGUUAAUGAAAAUCUCGUCGAAAACUUCUGCCAAGAAGUGCAAGUGCCCGAAGCUCGUUGCUUUUAUGGGAUGCAAAUCGCUAUUGAAAACAUUCACUCCGAAAUGUACUCGCUUCUUAUCGACACCUAUAUCAAGGACCCUGUCGAACGCGAUUUCCUCUUCAACGCUAUUCAGACUCUCCCAUGUGUCGCAAAAAAGGCAGAUUGGGCUCUGAAAUGGAUUGCCAACAAGAAAGUUCCGUAUGCCGAACGAUUGGUGGCAUUUGCUGCUAUUGAAGGCGUUUUCUUCUCGGGGUCGUUUGCUUCGAUUUUCUGGCUGAAAAAGCGUGGUUUGAUGCCGGGACUCACUUUCAGCAAUGAAUUGAUUAGCCGCGAUGAAGGUCUACACACAGACUUUGCUUGCCUUAUGUUCAAGCAUAUUGUGAAUAAGCCGUCAGAGCAGCGAGUUUACGAGAUCCUGCGUGAAGCUGUUGACAUCGAAGUUGAAUUUCUUACAGAUGCUCUACCUGUCGACCUUAUUGGCAUGAACUGCCGACUUAUGUGUCAAUAUAUUAAGUUUGUUGCUGAUCGACUCUUAACUGAACUUGGUUUUGAGAAGAUUUACAUGGAGAAGAACCCUUUCGAUUUCAUGGAGAACAUUUCUCUAGAAGGAAAGACAAAUUUCUUUGAAAAGCGUGUUGGCGAAUAUCAGCGAGCCGGUGUUAUGUCUCGUGUCAGGGGUGAGGAUACUCAUACAUUCACUACGGAUGCAGAUUUCUAA